AUCUUGCCUGAACAUUCGUCUCGACGACCCUAGAUCAUCAAGCUAAGCUGCAAAUGCCAUCCUCACCUUCUCGUAAUGCUUCGAUAGAAGAUACUACGAGAGCUGAAGACCAGGAGCCAAUGAUUUUAGGAGCUUCCCGUUCAGACGGUUACAGUCUCUUGGGAGGACCUAGUGAUGAGUCGCACUUUACGAUAAGAGCUGUAUUAUGUGGUCUUCUCAUUGGUACGGUGAUGUGCUUCUCCAACAUGUACUUUGGAUUGCAAACUGGAUGGAUUUCAAUGAUGUCGCUCCAAUCAUCCUUGUUGGGCUAUGCCAUGUUCAAACCUUUCAAAGGCAAACUUCGCCGAGCAUUCGGACCUAUUGAAAACGUCGUACUUCAAACUACGGCGGUGGCCACUGCGACUAUGCCAUUGGCUGCAGGAUUUGUGGGCAUUAUUCCGGCUUUGCAAUCGAUGACCGAAGAGGACCAUCCUGGCGGUGGACUUCAAUUUAGCUCAUUGCAGCUUAUUGUAUGGUCACUUGGCGUUGCGUUCUUCGGCGUAUUUUUUGCUAUUCCUCUGCGAACACAGACUAUCAUUCGUGAAAAGCUCCGAUUUCCAUCGGGAACAGCUACGGCUCAAAUGAUUAGCAUUUUGCAUCAACGACAAGAUCCAACCGAACGCAAGGUUCAGUUGCGUUUAGUGAACGGAAACCAAUUGAGACAUCGAACCAGCCCACACCAGGAAGACCGACCCCUCCUGUCUGAUCCUGCCGUCAACCGCUCUUACUCUCCACCAGCUGCAUCGGUAUCUCCUCCCGUGGAUAUGAGCGACGAAACAGAAGAGGAAUUCGAGGCGAAAUGGGCACUAAAAUGGCGUGCUCUUUUGGCGUCUUUUUCCAUUUCAUCCGCAUACACGGUUACCACGUAUUUCUUCCCCAUUGCCUACGCUUUACCCAUUUUCAACUGGUUGUCCUUCGGCCUGAUCGAUUUCAAAGCUUGGGACUGGUAUUUCACGCCUAGCUUGAGCUAUGUUGGACAAGGUAUCAUCAUGGGUCUGCCAACGACCCUUAGCAUGCUGCUUGGAUGUGUUGUCGGUUGGGGUAUUUUGUCUCCCAUAGCGCAUUUCGCCGGAUGGGCUCCUGGACCUGUUGAUGACUGGAAGGAUGGAAGUAAAGGCUGGAUCCUAUGGAUAUCGCUUGGUGUCAUGAUUGCCGAAAGUUUUGUCUCGCUGACGGUCGUGUUUAUUCGGUCGACCGUCAAGAGCUUCCGCGACGCGAAACCUUCCAAGCAACAACAUGUGCAGAUCGCCACAGGUAGCGAGGCCGAAACUGCCGAGGCUGACAUUGUAUAUGAACUCGAUGAGAGCGCUGGAUUACGCGACAACGAAGAAGAGGAGGAAGAAGAUGCAUCGCCGGACCAGUUGGUCAGUCCAAUCGUUACGGUUAUUGGCCUGAUACUUUCCACUCUCCUCUGCCUUGUAGGCGUCGCUUAUGUUUUCGGUACUGACCUAUUACCUCUGCAUAUGACGUUCAUUGCGGUUGUUUUGGCUAUGAUCCUCAGUGUACUUGGCGUCAGAGCGCUGGGAGAGACAGAUUUGAACCCCGUCAGUGGAUUAGGCAAGAUCUCUCAAGUUUGUUUCGCUGCCAUGAUGCCGGGCGGAAUUGUCGCCAAUUUGGUAGCUGGUGGGAUUGCUGAGGCUGGAGCACAACAAGCGGGCGAUCUUAUGCAAGACCUGAAGACUGGUCAUCUUUUACGCGCAUCACCGAAAGCCCAAUUUUAUGGCCAAAUGAUUGGCUCCUUUUUCAGCGUAUUUGUUUCGACUGCGGCUUAUAAAUUAUAUACCUCUAUCUAUGAAGUGCCGGGAAAAGAGUUCCCUGCCCCAACCGCUGCUGUAUGGUUGGACAUGUCGCGACUUGUGAAUGGAAGACCCCUACCUCCUCAUGUCCUGGAAUUCGUACUAGCAUUCUCCUGCCUUUUUGGCAUUCUGGUGCUGAUUAAGGAAACAACUCACUACAAGUGGCGCAAGUAUAUUCCCCAAGGCAUUGCAUUCGCUAUCGGUAUCUACAAUCCUCCCAACUUCACACUAGCUAGAGUCAUUGGAGGCUGGGCAGGAUACGCGUGGGAUCGGUACUGCGAUGGCCCGGCCACUCCUAAUGACAACAACAAAGGAGGACUGGUUGGUCUGUGCAGGCGAUACCGAGAAGCUGGAAAAGUCUUGAUCAUUGUCAUUGCCAGUGGAUUUGUUCUCGGUGAAGGGACCUUUGCACUUUUCAACUUAUGCUUGCGAGCACUUGGCGUACCUCAUUUCUAAAAUAAAUGGGAUGGGAUUGUAUAAUAAAAAAGCAUGUUGGACCCCAUUUUUCGAAGGACCAUAGUAAAAAUCACGCCAUUCGGCAUGGUGGUGGGUACCUCGCCCGCUGCUUUAUCCAGUUAUGGAGAUGUUUUCCCCUGAUUGAUCAAAGAGUUACUAUAAAUUCAGGGGGGCCAGCCACUUAUCUCGCACUUCCAAAACCAUCGUGUUUGCAGGCAAGCAUGCAACAAGACGAUCCCGGUCGUGAAUUUGGCACCACUUUGUGCGUUGCACCAAAAUGGAUAGAUGAAUAAGGCAUUCUUUGGGUUGAGAGUCUCCUCAAUUUUUUUUUUUAAAACGUCGCUGUGAUUAUUUUGU